GUAAUCGUGUACUCCGUAGAGUUUGGCCCAUGCCACCGGACCGACCAUCCAGUGUCAAUUUGGUUGGCCGACGCGCUGACGUCGAAUUAGAGCCACGCCAAGAAUGACAGGGCUAGAUCCCUGGAAGCAUGGGCGGCGGCCUGCAGCUUCAAGAUGCCCUGCUGUGUGAUGGCCACUCCGAUAGCGGGGUUCUUUUUAUUUUGAUGGUAUGACUGGUCCAUGACUGUUUUCGAAUGUCUGCCCCUUCACAACCUUCCCGCCACAAGCCAAUUGCCCGGUCGAGACGCCUUUGCCCUCUAAGCUGCAGAAUCUUUGGCGAAUCGAAGGACCUCGAUUGACCAUGGCGACACAAUUCCCGGAAAAGAAGUGCGGUGUCCUGGGUGCAACUGGCUCGGUUGGCCAGCGAUUCAUCCUCCUCCUCCAAAAUCACCCCUUCCUUAAGCUUGUCGCCGUCGGCGCGUCCCCGCAGUCCGCAGGCAAGAAGUACCGCGAUGCGGUCAGGUGGAAGCAGUCCACCCCGAUGGGGGAGGUGGGCGACCUGAUCGUCAAGGAGUGCAAGUCGAGCGAGUUCCAGGACUGUGAUAUCGUCUUCAGCGGCCUGGACUCGAGCAUUGCAGGGGAAGUUGAGAUGGACUUCCUCAAGGCCAACCUCGCUGUCUUCUCCAACGCAAAGAACUACCGCCGCGAUCCUCUGGUGCCCCUCGUGGUUCCCACAGUCAACCUGUCGCACCUUUCCCUGAUCCCCCACCAGCGCAAGCAGCACAACCUCGACAAGGGCUUCCUGGUCUGCAACAGCAACUGCGCCGUCAUCGGCCUCGUUAUCCCCUUCGCCGCCAUGCAGGCCCGCUUCGGCCCCAUCGAGGCCGUCUCUGUCGUCACCAUGCAGGCCGUCAGCGGCGCCGGCUACCCGGGCGUGAGCUCCAUGGACGUCAUCGAUAACGUGGUGCCCUACAUCUCGGGGGAGGAGGACAAGCUGGAGACGGAGGCACAGAAGAUCCUAGGCGGCAUCAACGCCGACGCGACCGCCUUCGAGGAGCUCAAGGGUCUCAAGGUCUCCGCCACGUGCAACCGAGUGCCCGUCCUGGACGGCCACACCGCGUGCGUGUCGCUUCGCUUCGCCAAGCGGCCGCCCCCCAGCGCCGAGGAGGUCCGCGAGGCGCUCAGCGGCUACGUGAGCGACGCUGAGAAGCUUGGAUGCCCCUCGGCGCCGAAGCCGAGCAUCAAGGUGUUUGGCGACGACCAGCCUGACCGGCCGCAGCCGAGACUCGACCGUGAGCUCUCCAGGGGCUACACUGUCAGUGUGGGCCGCGUGAGAGAGGACGAGAGCGAGAUAUUCGAUCUCAAAUUUACUGCAUUAAGCCAUAACACCGUCAUCGGAGCUGCUGGCUCCUCCAUAUUGAACGCCGAAGCCGCCGUAUUGAAGGGCUACAUCUAGGGUUGCCGAGAACAAGCUGGAAGAGAUGGGAGAGGAACAGGGCGGAGCUCGGGAUAGAUAAAAUAAAACUGCGACAUCUUUUUUACCUAUUGGGCCGCGGACAGCCCCUUUGUGGUUUUAGCUGCCGUAUGAGGUUCCCACUGACGGCGUCGUAGCUCCUGGGAGCGGACAAGCUGCAGGUGCACCUCAGCAUUCCACCAUCAUCACGAAGGCUUGGUAGGCAGAAGAUCAGACAGGAAUUGUGCCGCUAUCGAUUCGCCGAUCAUGGGGCAAAAGUUUCAGCGGCACACCUGCGCCCUCAAAGUUAGAAACCCUAGCUCAGUCUGUAGGUUAACUUAUAAGUAAGACAGCAUCAAGUCCACACUUCAGGGAUGUGGGUAUGUACAUCUCUUUUCCUCUUGGCUUACUUUUAAAGGCGUGCGUGGUAGAUCGCCACCUAUCGGGCAUGGCUGUAUGGCGCCGGGGUCUAUUUUACAUUCUAUUAGUUUCGUCAAACGUGGCCCACACACAUCUAUGGUUACAUUUACAUCAGUGACUCUGUCUCCCACCUAAUGAGUUGUGAGCGUGGCACCGGGACGCAGACGGGGCAUUCUGAGCUCGCGUAAGCUCUUCCUUGUUCCUGAAUCCAUGCUUCCCCACAACGUGGACUGGACUUGGCACGUGGAGAUGGCAUCCCCCGGGCACACGAUUAUAGCGGGGGACGACUCUCCUUCGUCCCAACAGGAAUCCCAUCUCGACCUGCCCACUCUUGUCCCGCAGUGGACGAGAGCAUAACCGUACGGUUGGCUCGACCGCAUCUCGUCAGCGCAUCUCGCCAGCAGAGGUGCCGCCCGAUAAUUAGCAGCGACAGCCAGACUAAAGCCUAGCUAGCCAUAUCGUGACGAAACGGGACACCGUGAUUAAGGACCGUGUUCUAAGCUGAAACGGCGGCCUAGCGUUGAAGCUUCGGGAACUCGGUGCUGGGCCCAAGUUGACGGCGCCGGCUCGUGUGUGGUUCCGUGGUUUGACCAGAUGAGGGGAUGGUCACCGCACCAACAUGGGACGAUCCACCACCUAGCAAGGGGCUCGCGACGACGGCCGGCGAAACGUUGAGCGGGCUCGCCUGGCGCGGUUGCGCGGGUUCUGGGACGGGCUGGGCGGCUGGUGCAAGCGUGCCCGUCUCCAAGGUGGUGGCUCUUGGUGACACUCGUGUGUUCCGAUCUUGAAGCAGGUGCUGGUGCUGGUGCUGGUGCUGGCACGAGAGCAUGAGCAACCAGGAGUGCCGUUGGAGUGGCAGCAGAUUUAGCUCUGAGCUUCGCCUCGUGUUGGCCCCCAGCUAAGCUGCUUGGUCGAAGCCUGAGGUGGUUUCCCGAAAUGCGUUCAGUGCUAAGAGAUGCGGGUGUAGAGGUGAGGCCGGCCAACCAGCCCAACCAGCCCGCCCGAAC